AGAGACCUACCCUAGUCUCGCCUUGAGGGAGUUCAAGUGGAAAACCUCCCCCCACCCCUGUCCCCCGCCCCCUCCCCCCAGUUCUCCGUUCUCUCCCUCCUCCCGGAUCUGUGCUGGGACCCCGGUGCCGUCGCCGGUCUUGGCCCGAGCGGUCCCUCUUCUCGGAAGAGCGGCCGCCAACUGGGGUGAAGGUGGCUUUCGGAUAGCAAGUCGGGGCUUGGGGGGCGGUGGGGCGGGGCAGCCGGGAGGAUGAGCUCCCCAGGCACGGAGAGCGCGGGGAAGAGCCUGCAGUACCGCGUGGACCACCUGCUGAGCGCCGUGGAGAGCGAGCUGCAGGCGGGCAGCGAGAAGGGUGACCCCACGGAGCGCGAGCUGCGCGUGGGCCUGGAGGAGAGCGAGCUGUGGCUGCGCUUCAAGGAGCUCACCAACGAGAUGAUCGUGACCAAGAACGGCCGGAGGAUGUUCCCGGUGCUGAAGGUGAACGUGUCGGGACUGGACCCCAACGCCAUGUACUCCUUCCUUCUGGACUUCGUGGCGGCCGACAACCACCGCUGGAAGUACGUGAACGGCGAGUGGGUACCGGGGGGCAAGCCCGAGCCGCAGGCGCCCAGCUGCGUCUACAUCCACCCCGACUCGCCCAACUUCGGGGCCCACUGGAUGAAGGCGCCCGUCUCCUUCAGCAAAGUCAAGCUCACCAACAAGCUCAACGGAGGGGGCCAGAUCAUGCUGAACUCCUUACAUAAGUAUGAGCCCCGGAUCCACAUAGUGAGGGUGGGGGGCCCGCAGCGCAUGAUCACCAGCCACUGCUUCCCGGAGACCCAGUUCAUCGCUGUGACAGCGUACCAGAACGAGGAGAUCACAGCUCUUAAAAUUAAAUACAACCCGUUUGCGAAGGCGUUCCUCGACGCCAAGGAAAGAAGCGACCACAAGGACAUGAUGGAAGACCCUGGAGACGGCCAGCAGCCUGGGUACUCCCAAUCAGGGGGGUGGCUCAUCCCUGGAAGCAGCGCCCUGUGCCCACCGGCCACCCCCCACGCUCAGUUCGGAGCUCCCCUGCCACUCCCCUCCGCGCACGGAUGUGAGAGGUACCCCGCCCUGAGAAACCACCGGCCGUCCCCCUACCCCAGCCCGUACGUGCAUCGGAACAGUUCUCCAACCUAUCCUGACAGCUCACCUGCGUGUCUGUCCAUGCUGCCAUCCCACGACAACUGGUCCAGCCUGGGGAUGCCCGCGCACACCAGCAUGCUUCCGGGGAGCGCCGGCCCCGGGCCCCCCGCGGGCUCCAGCCAGUACCCCAGCCUGUGGUCGGCCAGCAGCAGCACCGUCCCGCCGGGCUCCCAGCCACCAGGGAUGUCCAGCGGGCUGGGGGCCCAGUUCUUCCGGGGAGCCUCCACCCACCCUGCACCCCUCACCCACCCGGGCCCGGCCUCCUCCUCCUCGGGAUCCCCGCUGUAUGACGGGGCCGCCACGGCCACAGACGUUCCCGACAGCCAGUACGACGCCUCGGCCCAGGCCUGCCUCAUAGCCGCGUGGACGCCCGUGUCGCCACCUUCCAUGUGA